AUGAAAUUAAAGGAGAAAAAUAAAUUUUACUUUAAUGAAUUAGUUAAAUAUCAACAAGAAAUUGAACCAAAAUACAAAGAAACUAUUGAAAGUUUGUCUCAUGAAUUGGAUAAAUAUCAGCAAGAAAUGGAACCAAAAUACAAAGAAACUAUUGAAAGUUUAUCUCAUGGAUUGUAUAAAUAUCAGCAAGAAAUGGAACCAAAAUACAAAGAAACUAUUGAAAGUUUAUCUCAUGAAUUGUAUAAAUAUCAGCAAGAAAUGGAAAAAUUAAUUCAAGAAAAAAAUUAUUACAAAAAUGAAUUUAUUAGAUAUCAACAAGUAAUUGAACCAAAUUACAAAGGUGAAAUUGUCAACCUUGAGAAAUAUAAUCAAAACAACAUCCUUUUGAUAAAGAAUUUAGAAAAAUCAAAUAAAGAAUUAGAAGCUACAAAUGAAAAUUUAAGAAAAGAAGCCUUGUCGAAUCAAUCAGCUUUAGGUGAUGCAUUAAGUUUCUGUUUGAGUGAUGAGGCUAAUGAUCAGCUUAUAAUAGAUAUAGAUUCUUUACAGGAUAAACUUGAGAGAUAUGUUACUAUAUUAAAUGGUUCUUUUAUAAAAAUGGAUAACAAUAAAAAUAAAGAAGCAUAG